CGGCAUGUCAUCGGUAGGGGGUGCUAACAGUGUUGUUUACAAAACUCCGUAACAUGGUUCAUUUAAAUAAGAGUGACAGUUUGUAUAAAAGAAAGGAGUUUCCUUGACGCUGCUCAAAUAUAUACUGGCUGUAUAUAACUUCCUUCCCGGUACCAUAAUAUAAAUUUUAAUACAGAAGAAAAAGAAAAUCAUACAACAUGUUAGGAUUUGAUAACUUAGAGAAAGCUGUUGUAAGUUUGAGCAAAAGUAUCUCUAAUUUCCCUAUUGGCGCGGUUUCCUUGAAUGAUUUCAAACCGAUCGAAGAAAGGAUUAGAGAGACACGAAAAACCUUAAAGGCCUUAAAUGCCAGGUUAUUAAUGCUUAAAACACAAAGUGAAUUUCAAACCAAUGAAUCAGAGGAUGAUAUAGCAGAUACGAUAACAGAAUUGAAUGAUGCUACAUCAUAUGUUUUCUUAAACAGUAUGAAAACUAAACUAUGUUUUCAUUCCUUUACUAUUCGAGAUAUCUUAGCAGGCAAACAAGGAGAUCCUAAUAUGGAAGAAAAAAUUUAUGCCUGUAUGCAUAAAAUAUUUUCCAUUAAUGAUAUUGCAUUGUCACUGCUAAAGGAUAUAGAUGAAGCAAGAAAUAAACAAAUUGAUUUAAAAGUCAAAUGUAGAUAUGUAUUAAUUAAAUAUAAAAGGUUUUUAAAGGAGCAAGAGGAAAUUUGCAACAAAAAAUUACAAGAAACAAAUCCUCAUAUGGCAUUAAAUAAAGCUAAAACAAUGAAGGCUUUAAAAAAUAUAAAUAUCAUGAAGAAAUUGAUUGUGGAUUUCAUUGGUGCUGCCUAUUACAUGUUACACGAUCAUAUAUUUUUAGUAGAAAUGCUAGAAAAACAUAGGGAAUUAAUUAAUAUUGAUACAAUUUUAAAAAUGGCUGAAAGAAAUAUAGAACCCGAAAGUACAGCAAUAGAGGAUUGAAGUUAUUGUUGAUAUAUUUAAAAAGAAAACAUGAAAUAUAAUUACUUUGCUAUAAGAAAUGUAUAUUUAAAUCUCUACCUUAUAUUUUGUACCCCUUUGAUUUACUGCAUUAAUUUAACUUGAAGCUCUGAAUGCAAUUCUUUAUUACAAUAACGUGUAAAGAAAAAAAGAAGGAAAAACAAUUACAUAAAUCAAAAAAGAAAACAUCCAUGAUAUUCAAUAAGAACUCUUUUCUUGUUUUUCUAAGUGUGCAGACACAACACAUAUUUACAGGGAAAAAUUUCGCGCAAUAUCAAUGUCUUUUUUUUUUUUUUCAAUUCUAUUAAAGCGACUUUAUCAGACGGUUUUAUACGUAUAUUAAUUGAUAAAUAACAGUUUAUAAGCCAAUGAUUAUGAGUUGAAAGAUAGGAUUUCGAUCACAGCUUACAAGUACGAUAAAAAUGCAGGGGAGAGUGGUGCACAUUCGUCGACAAGACUAAUGAAAAACUUGUUUCAAUUUCAUAAAUUAUACUCCAUCAUUUGUGAAUGUAACAUUUGAAAUUUUUUAUGGUCCAGUACGUCUUUCAGUCUCGUGUAUUUUCAACAUUAGGAUGUAAACCGCUCUCCACCUUUCUUACGCUUACUGGCGUAAAUACAGAAUCAAUCGGAAAUAGUACUCAAACAAUUUAAUUCUUAUGUACAUUAAUUUCUUAUUUCUUUUCUUUUUUUCGUCUUUAAUAUGUUGUUGGUUUCAUAAGUGGAAAGAAAACGAAUCCACUAAUAUUAUAACAAAAAGCACGUUAAAAGUGAACAAUUUCAUUUCAUUCAUGUAGAAUAUCCUCGCAAAAAACUUCGGACAUCCGUUUUUCUUCUCGUGUAUGUAUGUAUAUAUAUGUAUGUGUGAGUGUAUCUUCCGAGUACAGACAUGUUACGAAAUGGACAAAAAACACUUCGAAGCAUAUUCGAUAUCUUUAAAUUGUCUCUAUAAAUUAGCAAAUGGAAUAAUUACGAUUUUCAUGCUUCUUCGUCCGAUUUCGUCGCAAAGAACACAUCCACGUUUCGCUGACAUUAUUAAGAUUACGUGGUAAUAAAAUUAGUCGGGUCACUGUCCAUCGUCUGACAGUUAUUAAUUACCAUAAUAAUACAGCUUAUUAAUGUCAUUAAUCGCCAUUACUGAUAUAGUUCAUGUAUAUAUAUAUACACAUAUAUAAUAUGUAUAAUGUUUAUAUAAUUUGAAGCUGAUACAUCUCCUCGAUACCCAACAUUUCACAAUUCUCAUUAACUUUUCUCUCGUGUCCAUCGUUAGCGUACAAUCUAUCCAUUCCAAUAAACUUCUAUUUACAAAAUUAAUCGACGCACUCGAUUUCUUUCUGUUUCGUCUGAUAGCACAUCGGUCUCCUCCUCGCUAUAUCGAUAAACAUCUCAAAAUUUCUAUAACAGCAUCAAUCUCACACACUCAUUAUUACAUGGUUCACACUAUUUUUUUUUUCUGUAAUGCACAUGAGCUGCCAAUUCCAUACAAGUGGCAAAAUAAUCAUUGAACACAAGCUACAUAAUCCUUUAGCAACGGAUACACGCUAGAAAAAAAAAAAACUAUAAUAGUUAAAACGCUAAAAGGCAAUACAUUAUCUAAAUCACGUUUGCGGUGUCGCGGAUGAGAAAACAUCGGUAUAAUAAUGAAAGCACGACACAUCGGUUACACGGUUUUCAAUGCAAUUUCAUUUAAAUUAAACGUCGCUAAUCGUUUCGAAGCGAACAUUUAGAGAAAGAAAAAAUAAAAAUGUAUUAUUCGACGUUUAGUUGCUUCACAACGAAAGACAACGAGUUGGAGAUACAAUGGAACGACUUGGAAGAGAUCCCAAAACUUCACAGGUGAUACGUGAGAGUGACGAAAGAAACGAUUAAAAAAGAAAAUAUCGGUACAGAAAAUCAUAAAAAGGUAUCACGUAUCAUCUAUGCAUCGCUUUGCGAUCAAUUCGAGUCACGACACGACGUAUUCGCGUGUCGCAUCCUUCGCGAAUAAUCCGCCAUUUUGUAUUGCAACUUACUCAAAGCGAGGAAAUGAAAGACACGUACACACGGUGAUCUUGGUCCGAUCUGUUCGCACCAAUUUACAAAUAUACAAAUAAUCGCAUUCAAACUCGUCGUUUCAUCGUCAAUAAUGGGAUCGUUUCGUCAUUCGGACGAGGAUAACAGCCAUCCCGUGCAACGAGUACAAGAACAAAGAAAAAUAAAAUAAAGGAUUCAAAAAAAAAAAAAAAA